AUGAUCACAGAGAAUGGGACUCUAUCCCAAGGCUUCCUUCUGUUAGGCUUCCCUGGAUCUCAGGUCCUCCAAACUUCUCUUUUUCUCUUUUUUCUGGUGAUGUAUCUCCUCACCAUUGGAGGUAAUGUGGCAAUCUUGCUAUUGGUCAGUACUUCCCAUCAGUUACAGACCCCUAUGUAUUUCUUUCUGAGCAAUCUGUCAUUCUUAGAGAUCUGGUACACCACAGCUGCAGUCCCUAAAGCUCUGGCCAUUCUGGUGGGGAGGAGCCAGACCAUAUCAUUUUCAGGUUGCCUUUUGCAGAUGUACUUGGUUUUCUCUUUAGGUUGCACAGAAUACUUUCUCUUGGCAGCCAUGGCUUAUGACCGCUACCUUGCCAUCUGUUUUCCUCUACAUUACCAGGCUAUCAUGAACAGCCUGCUCUCAGCACAGCUGGCUCUUAGCUCCUGGAUUUGUGGUUUCCUGGCCAUUUCUGUGCCGGCAGCCCUUAUCAGCACCUUGUCCUUCUGUGGCACCCAUGCCAUCAAUCAUUUCUUCUGUGACAUUGCACCCUGGAUUGCCCUGGCCUGUACCAGUACACAGGGAGUGGAGACAGUGGCUUUUGUGAUUGCUUUUGUGGUUAUCCUGAGUUCCUGUCUCAUUACUCUGAUCUCUUAUGCCUACAUUAUCAGAACCAUCCUGAGGAUCCCCUCAGCCAAUGGCCGCAGAAAAGCUUUCUCCACCUGUUCCUCCCACCUCACUGUGGUACUCAUCUGGUAUGGGUCUACAAUUUUCCUCCAUGUUCGAACAUCCAUCAAAGAUGAUUUGCAACUGACUAAAGCUGUUCAUGUCCUAAAUACAGUGGUGACUCCAGCUCUAAAUCCCUUCAUUUAUACCCUUCGUAACAAAGAGGUCAGAGAAAUUCUGGAGAAGAAAUGGAAGAGAAUGUGA